CGCCAAUGCGUGUCUCUGAACCUGAAUAAUAAAAAACGAAUCAGCUGAAUGCUGAAAAGUCCGAGAAACUUUCUCUUCGUUUUUCUCAACGUUGACAAUGGCGAUGUGAAGUUUGUGCAUCGAAAGGUGAAAAAUCGCGUUUAAUGCGAAAAGACAAUUUUCCACUAGUUAAAAUCCGUUUCGUGUGAUUGACUUUCGCUAGUGCUUUAGCUUUUACCAACAUCAUCAUCAUCUCUAAAAAUCGGAAAAACGAAACGGGCAUUGUUGUUUAGUGUUAUUGUUAAAGAUGAGUGGUUGUUUUCACGAAAAGGAGGACUCGAAGCCGGAAAAAGCAACCUUUUUUGAUACCAGCUACGAGUGAUUUGUGCGAUUGCCGAAUUUGGUGCGUGGUGUUUUAAACGAGUUACGAAAAUGUCAGCGAUGAAGAAUUCGUCUCUCAGCAAAAAGGAAGGCAAAAUGAGGAUUCGUGCCUUUCCAAUGACUAUGGAUGAAAAGUAUGUGGAGAGCAUAUGGGCCCUUCUGAAAAAUGCUAUUCAGGAAAUUCAGAAAAAGAACAAUUCAGGAUUGAGUUUUGAAGAAUUGUACAGGAAUGCCUACACUAUGGUUCUCCAUAAACAUGGAGAGAAAUUGUACACAGGGCUCAAGGAGGUUGUUACUCAUCAUUUAGAAUCAAAGGUCCGUGAAGACGUCCUUCGCGCUCUCCACAACUGCUUCCUGAUGACACUGAAUCAGGCCUGGAAUGACCACCAAACAUCGAUGGUGAUGAUUCGUGACAUCCUCAUGUACAUGGAUCGCGUUUAUGUGCAACAAAACGACGUCGAUAACGUCUACAAUUUGGGCUUGAUAAUUUUUCGCGAUCAAGUUGUACGUUACGGUUGUAUACGUGAUCAUCUUCGUGAAACCCUUCUCGAUAUGGUGAUGCGUGAACGACGAGGUGAAAAAGUUGAUAGAAUUUCGAUAAAAAACGCCUGUCAAAUGCUUAUGGUACUUGGUAUUAAUUCGCGUGCUGUUUACGAAGAGGAUUUCGAACGACCAUUCCUUCAACAAUCGGCCGAAUUUUACAAAGUUGAAAGUCAAAAAUUUCUAGCUGAAAAUAGUGCAUCCGUGUAUAUAAAUAAAGUAGAAGCUAGAAUUAAUGAAGAAUCGGAUAGAGCGAAACACUAUUUGGAUGAAUCAACCGAAUCGAGAAUUGUUGAAGUGGUUGAAGAGGAACUGAUUAAGAAGCAUAUGAAAACUAUAGUUGAAAUGGAAAAUUCAGGUGUUGUGCAUAUGUUAAAGCAUCAGAAAACUGAAGAUUUGGCUUGUAUGUACAAGUUGUUUGGAAGAGUUGCCGAUGGUUUAAAAACAAUGGCCGAUUGUGUGAGUCAGUAUUUGAGAGAGCAAGGUAAAGCUUUGGUACAAGAAGAGGAACAUCAACCAUCCACCAAUGCGAUCACUUUCGUCCAAUCGUUGUUAGAUCUGAAAGAUCGUUUCGAUCAUUUCUUGAAGAAUUCAUUCAAUAACGAUAAGAUUUUCAAACAGAUGAUUGCCUCAGAUUUCGAACAUUUUCUCAAUCUCAAUCCGAAAUCGCCCGAAUAUCUCUCGUUAUUUAUAGAUGAUAAAUUAAAGAAAGGUGUUAAAGGGAUGUCUGAACAAGAAAUUGAAUUGGUUCUUGACAAGUCUAUGGUAUUAUUUAGGUUCCUUCAAGAGAAAGACGUUUUUGAACGCUAUUAUAAACAACAUUUGGCCAAGAGAUUACUUUUGAAUAAAUCGGUUAGCGACGAUUGGGAGAAAAAUAUGAUUUCAAAGUUAAAGACUGAAUGUGGUUGCCAGUUCACGUCAAAACUUGAAGGUAUGUUCAAAGAUAUGACAGUUUCAAACACGAUCAUGGACGAGUUUAAGGAUCAUAUCACCAAAACUGAGUCAAGCUUAUGCGGGGUGGACCUUUUCAUGCGUGUCUUAACGACUGGGUUCUGGCCUACGCAGAGCGCCACUCCCAAGUGCCACAUUCCUGCUGUUCCACUAGCUGCCUUCGAAUGUUUUAGUAGAUUUUAUUUAGCCAAACAUAGCGGAAGGCAGUUGACGUUACAACCCCAAUUGGGCAAUGCCGAUCUCAAUGCCAUAUUUUUCGGUCCGAAAAAGGAAGAUCCAGACAAGGAUGGUGCUUGUUCGUCGACUAGUUCCAUCUCGCCGAGGACAGGCCCCCGAAAGCACAUAAUUCAGGUGUCCACUUACCAAAUGGUUGUUUUAAUGUUGUUCAAUAACCAUGAGAAACUGAGCUAUGAGGAGAUUUUAAACGAGUCGGAUAUCCCCGAGAGGGAUUUGAUAAGAGCGUUGCAAUCGCUCGCGAUGGGCAAAGCGACACAAAGGAUCCUGAUUAAGAAUCCCAGGACUAAGGAAAUCGAAUCGAAUCACGAGUUUUAUGUGAAUGAUUCGUUCACGUCGAAGUUGCAUCGUGUCAAGAUUCAGACAGUGGCGGCGAAGGGGGAGAGCGAGCCGGAAAGACGCGAAACUAGGAACAAAGUGGAUGAGGACAGGAAGCAUGAAAUAGAAGCAGCUAUUGUUAGAAUAAUGAAGUCGAGGAAACGAAUGCCGCAUAAUAUUCUUGUGACGGAAGUGACCGAGCAGUUGAAAAGCAGAUUUCUACCAUCGCCGGUUAUUAUUAAGAAACGAAUAGAAGGGUUGAUUGAGAGGGAGUAUCUGGCACGGACGCCCGAAGACAGGAAAGUUUACACCUACGUUGCUUGAACUAUUUUUUGUUUUGUUUUGUUCUGGUGGAAUAUUGUGAGUGGAUAAGGAUUAUCCUCCGACGCAAAACUAUACAUGGAAUUUAAAUAAUAUUAAAUUAUUCAAAUAAAACGACCCCUUUUAACUCUCUUGCGCGAUUGGCGCAUAAUUAAAUAUUUUGUUUCUCUUAUUUUUAGUUUUUUUUUUUUUUAAUUUACUACAUUGAAUUGUUUCUCAUAUUUAUUUCCAAGUUCAUGUUUUUGAACAUUGUAAAUAGUUUCAUCGUAUUUAAAGAUAAAUAUAUAAGGUUACAGAACUGUGCUGGUUUAUAAACAGUAAAACUUUGAAUUUUCAGAGAAAUUAACUUUUGGCACCACCAAUUCCGGAUUGUGUCGAUACAUAAAUCGAUUUGUUUUAAUUUUAUGUGAAUUACGCAUUUUUACUGUGCUUCAACUUGUUGCAAAUUGUGAAAUUUCUCUGUCAUUUUUUGUUUAAAAUCUUAUAUUUUUUGUGUUAGGUAUGAAGUGAAGAAUAAAAAUCGACAAGUUUCGUAUGAAGAAGUCA